AUGGAUUUACCCCCUAGUCUCGACUUUUCCCCUGCAGAGCUGGUCAUCCGGAUAGGUGACUUCCUGGACCGCAAGACAUUGGCCAGUUUUUCACGUACAUCGAAGCGAUAUGCCCAGCUCUUGACACCCCAGCUUUUAACUCUGUGGCUCUCAUGCACUAACACCGGCAAGCAUUGCUACAGGCGUGGUUUCUCUAAAACGCAGCAUUGGAAGUCAUCCCAUAUAGUCGGCUAUUUUACGAACUUCCCGUCUGAUGUAUCCCGGAUGUACUGUUGCUCUACAUUGCUGCACCGAUUUGCCGAGGGAGGUAACCUGGAGCUCGUGAAGCUCAUGUUAUCUAGGGGCGCAGAUAUUAACGCAAAAGGCAGGUAUGACAGAACACCUUUAUUUAUUGCUGCCAAACGAAAACAUCAUCAGGUUGUUCAGGCAUUGCUGGAAGCCGGGGCAGAUACCAGUGCAAAAGACACCUAUGGAGAUACCCCAUUGAAGGCAGCAACAAUAUUUGGGGGGCCGGACGUGCUUCGAUGCCUGCUUAACUCGGGCCAAUACACGCCGGAAGCCCUACUGGAAGCAUUUGAACAGGGUAUGAAGUGCUACUGGCCAGAAACCUGCGGUGAAGUCUGCAAAGAAAUCGGGUCCGCUCUCGAAAAGGUCGGCUAUGAAUUCAACGUGACUGGCACUAACGGUCAACUAUACCUCCAUUCCGCCGCUAGGAGAGGAGUUAGCUCUCUUGUGCAGUUCUUCCUUGAUAAGGGCCAUGACCCUUGUCGCUUGGAUGAGGAAGGAAAUACACCCCUGAACGUGGUUUGCUUGGAUUCAAUAUAUCACUCUGCUGGAGAACACCCAUUCAUGGCAAAUAGAGAGGGUCUGACACCACUGCACAAGGCCAUUCAGAAUUCGCAGAUUGAUUUUGUCGGAUUAUAUCUGAACUCUGGAGCAAGAGUAACUUUUCAGAGCAAGAAUGGGAUCAAAUGCAUGGAAGACAUACUUCACGGUCCUAGAGAUAUAUUUGAGCUGCUCGUUGACCGUGCACCUUCCUUAUGGCCCAUCUACGUGCUACAAUCGGCCCUUCAUAGUUAUACAACCGAAUUGAAAAAAGGACACGGUCACCUGUAUACUCCGAAGGCUAUAGCAAGGAUCCUGAAACUCGCCAAAUCUAGCAAGACAACAAUCAAUGUCUCCACUAGGGACGCCUCGGGAGCUACUCCGUUUCAUAACAUGUGUCUGGCUACGUACUCUCGCGCUGAGGUUACUGGGCUCAUUCGCUCUUUCAUCGAAGCUGGGGCAGACAUAGACAUGCCGGAUGACGAGGGUCGAACACCUCUCCACAAUAUACUCGGGGCAUCCUAUGGUAUACAUGAGCGUGGGAUUAUACAGACGAUGAUAAACCUCAGCAAGGAUCUCGACAAGCUGACCAAAGACGGUAGUAGCUAUUUGCAUUUAGCAGCCAAAACCAAACAGCUACGUGCUGCUCAGUUGCUGUUGAGCAAUAUGAGCAAAGAGACUGUGUUCGCGGUCGAUAAGUUCGGCCGCACCGCUCUGCAUUACGCUGCAGGGUCCGGAAACAUUUCAAUGAUUCAGCAAGUAAUAGCCACCGGUAUCGAUAUAAACGUCAAGGACCAGCGUGGACGGACAGCUUUAACCUUUAUAGACUCCAAGGACAGUGAGCCGCGUGCUGCGGUACUGAUCGAAACCGGGGCAGAUGUGAAUAUACUGGAUGAAGAAGGAAGACCACCAAUCCAUUAUGCAAAUCAUCAUGAUGAAACGGUGGAGCUUUAUCUGAAAGUGGAGCUUCUGAGCACGAAGGCUGCGAUGAGUGCAACAGGAGAAUCCAGUCAGCCAGGGAUUGGCUAG